CAUUGUCUACAAUGGCAACAUACUUUAGAGAAGACAAUCCGGAGAACCGAAGACGCGAAUCCAGGAGGCAGCGCCGUAACAAGCCGCGGUCGCGACUGGUUGCUUGCUUUCAGGAGCCAUUGAUUCUCUGUUCCAUUAUUGUGGCAUUUGGUCUUCUAAUCGUAAGCAAUGACCUCCACAGGCAACCCGUAGAGGAACCGCCGCCCGACGGACAUCUACUGUCGUCGAACAGGAGCGAUAGAAUGAGGAUGUUUGACUUCUGGGAUAACUUUGACCCCAUUGUGUCGACGAUGCACGAGUACGACACCUGGUACUACAACGUGCACGACAUCACGGACACACUUGACAAGGCUUUUCUCGAAGUACCGCCCGAGAAAUUUGGUGAUCCGAAGAAAUACGAGGAAAUGAAGAACCAUAUCGAAGAGCGAAAGAUACGCAUACGACUCAGCGAUUUGGAAUUUCGAAAGUUCUUGGAGGCCCGCGAACGCAUCUUAUACAAUAUGGUGGGAGAAAACGUGCUGAUGCGCGUCUACAUCGACGGAGAACCUCUAUAUAGGGCCAGCUCGAAGUCGUUUGGAGUCAAUUGGGACACCCUGAUGCAGAAACUUGACAGCUUGAGGUUGUUCAAGGCACAACCUACCAACUCCUCGGCGCAUAACGAAGAACCCGUUAUCGUAAACGGUACACAUGACAAUUCAACAAACGUAUUUCCCGACAAGGAGUUCCGGGAGGCAGUCGUCCUUAUUGCCCGCGGUAUAACGGAAGAGCUUACCCAAAUACAUACCAAUCUCUUCAAAUACUGGGAUUCUAAACUAAGCCACGUACGCGAAGCAAGGAGGCUGGAACUGUUGUUCAUUAAAGAUCUACCAAAAUUGUCACGGGUAGGGCAUAUCAUCGGACCAUACCCCUCGAUGCCUCUCGUCAUGCUACAGGGGCGCCUGGAGAGUUUGCAAGGAUUCUACGCGAAAACGAAGGAAAUGCUGCCCUGGCUACGGAAGCAGUUCAUUCUGAAUGGGCCUGAUGAGAUAGAAGACUGGACCUCGUGGUUGCAAAGUGCAACGGAGCUGUUACGAGGCUGGGGUAUGGUAUCGAGGGAUGUGCAAGAAUCUGUGGUAUACAUGCUCCGACAGAAAGACAUAUUGACUAAACAGCCCCAGAGAAGUUGUGCCGAGGCCUCGUGGUUGGAGUGGAAGCUUCGGAACUGUGGCGCAACAUCGUGCUACAACGAGCCGGCUCCGUGGGAUUUAGCUAUAAUCUCUAGUAGCGGAAAGCCUAUAGCAAAAGUAGCGGAGGACGAGUCUAAUUGGGUCCAGAGCCUCGGGGGCGAUGGUACGCUCGUAAUCCCUAGAAGUGUGUAUGAAAAGGCAUGUUGCAAAAAGGACGCUGAACUACAUGAGCGCCUCAAGCUUGGGAAGUCCCAGCCACCUAUGAUUCGUCGUAGUAUAGAUGAUGAUGUUACCUAGAGUAUUACGUACCUAGGUAAACUUCACUACUUUUUCUCGGUAGAUUUGAAAGGGUGUAGAUUGAGCAAAAAUGAAGUUCAUUUUGUUGUUCGGCCGCUGUGGGCUAAUUGCUCUAUGUGUUUCUGAUGUGAGCCUGGUAUUCUGUGCCAAUAUUGUUCAACAUGCUGAACGAUGUGAACGGCCACCUCGUCUCACUCGGAUCUGCAACAGGCGUAAUGUAAUGGUAGGCACCUGAAGUGACGAUGUCCCGUCUCCCCCAGCUGUCGUUUCUCUAAUCAAUAUUCUUCACACCCUAUUCACCAGAUCAACACUAUCCCAGACCUCGAGCUGCAAUGAAACCUCGUGAAGAAUUCUGAUGCA